GCGCGCAGAAAUGUUAAACAAAACCGAUCGUCGUCUGGCUAAUGAGCUUGCGAUGCCGCCGGCCGGGCUACAGCUUCAAUCACGACGGCCUAACAGUAAACGUUAUCUGGCAGCCGUCACCUUAUUAUUUACGGUCACGAUUUUCUUGCUCACGCUUUGUCAGCAUUUCGAUGCGGUCACGGCGCGCACAUCGAACGCGUUAAAACUACAACUGCCACAUGGCGGAAUCCUUGUGGGCCGCCAUUUGACCUCACACAAAGGACGACAUAUACGCGGCUAUAUGGGCGUGCCUUAUGCAUUGCCGCCGCUGGGUGAAUUACGUUUCAAGCCACCGGUACCAUAUGGCGCUUGGAGUGGUGAGAAGCGUGUUAUAGAAGAUUCACCUAUAUGUAUGCAACGUGAUCCUUAUCGACGUGAUCUGGAAAUUGAAGGUAGCGAGGAUUGCCUAUACUUGAAUGUUUAUACGCCAGAGGAGCCCGCUGAUACCGGUGAUCUUCCAGUCAUGGUAUAUUUUCAUGGUGGCGGCUUUCAAUGCGGCUCUGGUGUUAGCAGCUUUUAUGGACCCGAUUUUCUACUCGAUCAUGAUGUUGUUUUGGUGAUCGGCAAUUAUCGUGUCGGACCACUUGGCUUUCUCAGCACCGAAACACUCGAUUGUCCCGGCAAUUUUGGUUUGAAAGAUCAGGUAGAGAUUUUGCGUUGGGUCAAACAAAAUAUUAAAGCCUUCGGUGGUGAUCCGAAAAGUGUAACUAUAUUUGGUAAUAGUGCAGGUGGCGCGAGUGUUACAUAUCAUAUGCUCUCGGAUUCAUCUAAAGGUCUCUUCCACAAAGCCAUCAUACAAUCGGGCACCUAUUAUAAUCCUUGGGCACAACCACAAUACAAGGGUGUAUCCGUGGAGCGCGCAAGAACGGCCGCAUUUAUGGUGGGUUGUGGCAAUUACUCUGAAUGGCCGGAAAUACUAGAAUGUAUGCGUGGAAAGAGUGCCGAGCUGGUUGUCUCCACAGUCUAUACGUUGUUUAAAUGGGACUACGAUCCCAUGGUGCCAUAUCAACCGGUUGUGGAGGUGCCACAUGAGGGUGCAUUCCUAACAACUUUGCCACGUAAUGUUGACGUACCACAUGGAUUUCAAUUACCAAUCAUGAUUGGCGCCACCUCAGAGGAGGGCCUACUCAAAACAGCGCCUCUACUUAAUGUGCCACUUCUCUUGGAUGAUUAUAUAGAUAAGUUUGAGCAAAUUUUACCAAUUCAAUUGCAAUACGAUCAUCACCCCAAAGAGGUGGUCGCACAGAUUACGCGGGACAUUGAGAAAUUUUAUUUGAAGAACGGACAUACCUAUAACAAAGAGAAUCAUCAGAAUUUGACCGAUCUCAUCUCAGAUGGUUGGUUUAUAGCUGGCAUUGAUGAGUAUAUACGUCAGCGUAUUGCCGCUAAGGACUCAUUAAAAAAUACCAUAUUACCUUCCCUCUAUGUAUAUCUCUUCGAACAUCGUAGCCCAGCCAGUUUUUCGGAGCUCUUCAAGGGUGGUCAUGAGGAUUAUUAUGGCGCUUGUCAUGCCGAAGAACUUCAAUACUUAUUCCCUAUCGCUUCGCAAUUAUUUGUGACGUCAGCACCAACCAAACAGGACUUAGAGCUCCGUGAAGCCAUGCUGAGCAUGUGGGUGAAUUUCGCCAAAGAGGGUAAUCCAACACCUGCACACUCUAAUCUUCCACAUUGGGAGCCGGCUAAUACUUAUCCAGUGCCUUAUGCACGACUGGGCCACAAAUCAUCAGAGGAAUUCACAAUAUUACAAAUGGAAAGAAAUAUGUAUGAAGAUCGUGUGAAUUUCUGGCGUAAGCUGAAGGCGCAUAUUCCAGCCGAGCAGCGUAUGAGAGCGAUGAAAACGGCACCGAGAGAGGAAUUGUAAAAUGUACAAAGUGAGAGAAAUUUUAUUAAAAAAAAAACAAAAUAUUAGCAGAGCUUGAAGUUAUAAAUCUGCAAUUUUAAUAUAUUUAAAAAAAAA